CAAAGUUUAAGCUUGCAAACUUCGAAGACAAAAUGAAGAAAGUGUUCGGGAUGAAAGGGAAGAAAAAGGCCGACGAUUCGGACGAGGAUUGUCCUAGCUAUACAGACCCGGCCGUUCUACACGCUACGGAUCCGCCAUCGCGAAACUCUCGUGGUAUUACACAUCCACACUACCCACCGCCAAGACCUUGUCAUGGAGGUAGCUCGCCAAAUCCACGUCGAAAAAAUCAAGAUACGGUGCCCGUACAGGGAAAUAAAAAGCCCCAAAAUACAGAGAAUAACAGGAAUAGUUUCCCUGGCGUAGUCACUAGCGAACCUAAACGAGCUCCGCCAAGGAUAAACAUUACAAAAAAGCAGCCCUCAGAUACAGAUGAUGAUUAUUGUGACCCGAUUGAUGUCCAAAGGAAAGAUGAUUUCAUUCAAGAAAUGAAAGGGAGCAAGCCAAUUAAAGAUGACUAUUGUGAGCCCUGGGAUUCAACAAUUAAGACAGAUCCUGCAAAUAUGUCAAAGAAACCAGGCACCUCAGAAGAUGAUGUCAAUGAGUAUCUUGACCCAUAUGACACAGGGAAGGAGGGGAUCAUUGAGAAACGUAUGAGCCGAGGAUUCGGUCCACAAGGAAAAGUUUUAACCAAUGAACAGAGAAGAAGUGCUUUUGAGAUUGAUCCAAAGAACCCAGCAUUUGACCAAAGUAAGUCAGGAUCUGAUGACUACGACACACCUUGGGAAUGGAAACAAAAAAUUCAAAUGCAGGGAAGAAUGAAAAUUCCCAAGCCAGCAGGACUGCAAAAUCAGCGACCAAAAUCGAACCCUCAACCCAGUGAGCAAGACAAAUCGCUCUCGGGGAAACCCCCAGGAAAGCCUAUGGGACAUGCCGACGAUUAUGACGAGCCCUGGGAAAGAAAACAGAGUUAUUUACUAAAAACACAAGCACCAACCCCCAAUGCAAAAUCAAGAUCACCCGUACCGCUGCCAAGGCAGGUACAACCCCCCAACAAUGAGAGCCAACUGUAUGAGCAGCCAUGGGAUGCAAUGAACCAGUCGAAUGGUCAGCAACCGCAGGCGGAGGGGGUUUAUGAAACACCUUGGGAUGCAACCGGGGGAGCUGCAGCCGACGGCCACCGCAGGUUUUCGCAGCCCACUCGACCGACAAGUGCUCCCAACAAUACCAAUAGAAAGUUUUCACAACCAGCUGUAAUUCCACCUGGUUCAACUGAUGAUUAUGACAUGCCAUGGGAAUAUAAAAACAAACAGCCAUUUGGGAAAAUCGGACCUCCCAAACCAACUCGUGUUCAAGAGAUUGUGAAUCCACAUGACAUCAAUCCAGAUUUACCCCUUGAUCAACAGAGCUGGUACCAUGGUCCAUUGAAGCGACAAGAAGCUGAGGAGUUACUUCGCGAUGCACUUGACUGUAGUUUUCUUGUCAGGAAUAGCGAAAGCAGUAAAAAAGAUUUCUCAUUGUCAAUGAAAAACAACGAAAACUUCCUCCAUCUGAAAAUUGUUCGCCAAUUAGACGGUCAGUUUAUCCUGGGCCAGUUCAGCAAGCCAUUCAUGGACAUACCUAAAGUGAUCUGUCACUAUUCAAAAACCAUACUCAAUAUUCGCGGGGCGGAACACAAAUACUUAAAACACCCGAUCGGCGCUCAGCCGGAGUACCACACGAUCGAGCCCGAGGUCGAUGAGGACGAGGACGAUGUCGCUCUAUAACGUUCCGAGAAACGGUAAUGAUUCAUGGAAAUAAUCCGAGGAUUCUAGAAAUUUUCCACAAAAGCCGUGCGCCGGCCAAUGACAGUUAUCGCUUGGCAUGCUUGCCGCGGUUUUGGGAAGCGAAUAAAUGAAAGUGGAGAUAAAUUAGUAUUGACUGUUGGAUAAAUUAAUUGAUUUUAUAUACCUUAGUCACUCCGGGUAUGUGGUCUGGAUAUUCGGAUCAAAUAGCAAAUAGAAAAGUUAACUCAGGGUGUAUCCACUGAUCUGAUAAUAUGCUGGAUAUAGCGGCCACACGUAUGAGAAACGAAGCCAGAGGUCAUUAACUUCCGGGGACCCAAAAUUACUAAAAUACAUAGUUACCCAAUAAAUUGCUCUCAUUUGGUCUGAAGAAGUUAAUUAUUUCUGGCUUUGUUUCCUUGAGUUAUUUCUUUAAGAUUUUGUUGGGAUUUCCUGAUGCAAAAUUUCAACUGUAAACCGAAAUUUGCAGAAAUCCAGGCGACAUAUUGGCUGGCUAUGUUUAUAUUGAAUGUACAUAAUUAUGAUGGAAGUCUAUAAGAGUAAUUGAUGUUGAAGUUAUAUAUGGGUCGCAGUACAGUAACAGUUGCAUCUUGAAUUUGAGAAACGACAUUUGAUUGGCUCCACCAAACUAUCGAGCCAAUCAAACCUCGCGUAACAUCAGACUUUUCGCGUUGACGUCAUUAUGAAAAAGGUGUAUUCCGAAUGCUUCGGUACUUAAAUAAAGAGGAUAUGACGUGUUGAA